AUGGUUAAAAGAGCUGCUAGUACUGGACUAGAUGGGCUAAACCAUGUUAAUGGGAAAAAAAUUUCGAGAUCGCAUUCUUCUCGUAUAAUAAACUCACAAGAUGACUACAAACACUUAUACACAUCGGUUCAACCUUUAGAUGUGUUCUGUUGGGGUACAGGAUCAAUGUGUGAACUUGGGCUUGGUCCGCUAGCUAAGAAUAAGGAGGUAAAAAGACCAAGGCUGAAUCCUUUUUUGCCUCAUGAUCAAGCUAGGAUCGUAGGGUUUGCAGUAGGUGGUAUGCAUACGCUGGCUUUUGAUUCUGACAGCAAUAUCUGGUCCUGGGGCUGUAACGAUGUUGGUGCAUUGGGUAGAGAUACUUCUGGUGCGUCAGAAAAAUUGAAAGAUAUGGAUGCAGAUAAUUCAAGCGAUGAUGAGGAUGGUGAUCUGAACGAAUUGGAGUCUACACCGGCCAAGAUACCGGUUGAAUUUUUCCCACCUCUUGCAAAGGGGCAUAAAGUUGUUCAAUUGGCUGCGACAGACAAUCUAAGUUGUGUUUUAUUUAGCAAUGGUGACAUUUACGCUUUUGGUACUUUUAGAUGCAAUGAAGGUAUCUUGGGUUUUUACCGCGAUGAGAUUAAAAUUCAACGCACACCUUGGAAAGUUCCUACAUUCUCCAAGUUCAAGAUUGUUCAAAUGGCUCCUGGUAAGGAUCACGUCCUCUUCUUGGAUGAAGAAGGUGCAGUUUUUGCAUGGGGUAAUGGCCAGCAGUACCAAUUGGGAAGGAAAGUGAUGGAAAGAUUCCGCCUAAAAACGUUAGACCCAAGACCUUUUGGACUCAAACAUAUCAAGUACAUCUCUGCAGGUGAAAAUCACAAUUUCGCUCUCACUGCAGAUGGUAAACUAGUAAGCUGGGGGUUGAACCAGUUUGGUCAAUGUGGUGUAUCUGAAGAGAUUGAGGAUGGUGGCCUAGUGACGAAAUGGAAAAAAGUUUUAUUGCCUGAUGGAAUUUCGGUCAAAAUGGUUUCAGCAGGUGAACAUCACUCUCUGGUGCUAUCUCAAGAAGGUGAUCUAUACACCUUUGGUAGACUGGAUAUGUUUGAAAUCGGUCUCGCCAGGGAUAAACUACCAGACUUCACUUACAAAGAUGUACAUGACAAGGCUCGUGCAGUGCCAAUACCAACCAAGUUAGUGGACGUCCCUAAGUUCAAGAACGUAGCUGCCGGUUCUCAUCAUUCUGUUGCCCUAGCCCAAAAUGGUAUUGCAUACUCGUGGGGGUUUGGGGAAACUUACGCAGUUGGGUUGGGACCCUCUGGUGAGGAUACUGAGGUACCUACCAGAAUUAAAAAUACAGCAACCCAAGAACACAACAUAAUUUUUGUUGGUUGCGGUGGUCAAUUCUCUGUUUCCGGAGGUGUAAAGCUUUCAGAUGAAGAAGCCGAAAAGAGAGCUGACGAGAUGGAUGAUUGA